GGCGGAUCUUUUGGGUGAGGGUAUUCUGUGACGUGCGUCGAAGAGGACGAAGGGCAGCAGCAUGGAAGGGGACGCGGUCGAGAGCGUCGCCAUCGAGCAUGAGAUGGAGACGGCCUUCCUCGCGCAGCUCGUCCUGGACAUCAGCACCUCCUUCUUCCAGGUCGGGAAGCACAUGAGCCUCCGGGGCGACGACGGCGCCUACAACGAGGCCGACGCCGACGCCUUUGGGCUGGACGCGGAGACGCUUCGCCACUUCAUCACGGACCCAGCAAUCCGCGUGCUCCGUGUGCUCUGCCGGGACAGCGGCGAUGGCGUCAAGCUCUCGCUCGAGACAGGUGAGAAAGAGAAGCCCAAGGCCAAGCGCCAGAAGGUCCCGACGUUUUGCCUCAUCAAGACGCUCAAGACGCGCGACAAGCUCACGCGCGACGGGUCGGUCAACUCGCAGCUGCAGCUCGUGACGCUGGGCACCGAGGACAUUGGCACGCUCGUGACCUUUGUGCAGCACUCGUUUGCGCCGCUUCUGCAAGCCCACGAAGGCCAAGAAGACGACGGCGGCCAAAGCCACAGCAAGCGCAUGCCGCUCAUUCGGAAGCGUCUCAAGGAGCUCGAGGUCGCGAUGGUCCAGUUCCAAAACAAUGUCGAGAUCCCCGACGUCGACUUAAAGAUCCACCCCGACAUCCAACUCGCUGCUGAUAAGCUCCGCGACUCCAAGCAGAUGGGCAGCAUUGACGUCGACGCGCUCGGGUUCUCGGAUCGGCUCAACGACACGGCGUUCCUCAACGACAUUCAAGCUGGCGUCAACCUCUGGAUCAAGGAAAUCCAAAAGGUCACGAGCCUCGUCAACGAGCCCGUGGGUGGCUCGGCGACGCAAGAGAUCAACUUUUGGAGCGACUUGCAUCGCGCGCUGCUCGCGACGCAGAAGAAGCUCACGUCGCCCGAGGUGGAAAUCACGCUUGCGAUCUUGAAGCAGGCGAAGCGGUACCUCGUCACAGUGACGUUCGCGGCCGACCACGGUCUUGGCCCGGCGCUCAAGACGGUGUCGAGCGUCAUGAACCUUAUGAAGGACUUUUCGCUCAACGCGAUUCUCUCGGCCACCGACAUUCCGCAGACGACGGCGGGCAUCAACACCGUGUUCUUGCAGCUCAAGAAGGUGCGCCUGGCGGACGAGUACAAGCUCGCGCGCGUGCUCUCGCUCGUCGAGCUCGUCUCGAGUGAUCUUGCGCACCAGAUCACGACCGUUCUGCGCACGUACAACCUCAUCCAAGUGUCUUACGAGCAGUUUGACGAGGUCGCCAAGCAGUGCCACGAUCUCUUCUUGACGUGGCAUCGCCAGCUGCACGCGUUCCAGGAGCUCGUCAAGGACCUCAGCAAGCGCCGCGGGACAUCCAAUUUUGACCGCGUGAGCUCGCUCGUCGAUAUGAGUUUGGAGCAUCUCGCGAUCGAAGAGCGCAUGAAGGAGCUCCACGAGUUUCGCGAGCAGCACGAGAAGCUCCGCGUCGUCAUUCAGCGUGUGCUCUCCAAGACGACGGACGGCUCGGAGGACAUGCUCACGGACAUCAACGCGGCCUAUGCGCAAAUCGGCGCUUUGGAUGCCUUUGACGUCUCGGUCGACGGGUCGGAGUCGUGGAAGCAAGCGCGCAAGACGUACGAGGUGUGCAUUGACCGCAUCGAGGGCAGCAUCAUUGCGUCGCUCACGAACCGCCUCAACUCGACGUCGACCGCCGACGAGAUGUUUCGCGUUUUCUCCAAGUACAACCCGCUGUUCUUCCGCCCGCGCAUCCGCAGCGCCGUGCAGCAGUUCCAAAUGCGCUUGAUCGAAAACGUGAAAGAAGACGUGACGGAGCUCCAGGUCAAGUUCCGCGCCCACUACUCGUACUCGGAGGCGUCGCGCAUGAGCAAGUUGCGCGACAUUCCGCCGAUCGCUGGCGCCGUCAUGUGGUCCAAGCAGAUUGAGCGCAAGCUGCACAUGCUUCUGAGUCGCGUCGAGAGCGUGCUUGGAAAAGGCUGGGAGCAGCACGUCGAGGGCAAGGCGCUCAAGCAAGUCGCAGACGCAUUCCUUUCCAAGCUCGACGCGCAGGCCAUCUUUGAUCACUGGGUGACCGAGCUUGUGAGCGUGCCGACGUUUGACGUGCGCAACAUCAUCCUCAACAUCGUGGCCAAGCCGUCGUCGGCUGGUGAAGACGGCAUUGAACGAGAAGUGUGCGUGGCAUUCAACCACCAGAUCGUGACGCUCUUCAAGGAGGUGCGCAACCUCGAGUGGCUCGGGUACCGCGUGCCGUUCACGCUCAAGAUGAUCGCCGAAGACGCCAAGGACAAGUACCCGCACGCCAUGUCGCUCGACGCGAGCUUGAAGACGUACAGCAACGUGUGCAAGCGCAUCAAGCCGGGCUUUGAGACGCUGAGCGCGUCGUAUGUCCGUGAAGUGCGCACGACGAUCGCCAAGACGUUUACAAAGGACAAUGAGAUUCGGUGGCACGCCGACCACCUCGGCGACUACGCGCUCGACUUGGCCGCCAAAGUCGAGACGCUCAGCGACAAGGUGGACGAGCUCUGGCGCAAGCAGACGGACAUUGAAGCGUGUGUGAACGCACUCACGACCGCCGACGAGGCAACGUUUGGCGACUCGCUCCGUGACAUUCAAAAGAUCGUCGACGAGCUCAACCUCGCGGGCUACAACAACCUCCACGUGUACGUCAAGCAGCUCAACACGCGCAUCGGCAAUGUGCUGUGCGGCCGCUUGGAGUCGGCAUUGCAGCAGUGGGUGCACGCGUUUACGACCGAGGCGCCGAGCGCGCUCGUGCCCGAAAAGGUCCACCAAGUGCUUUUGAAGAACCAGAUUCUCGUGCUCGAGCCGUCGGUGGCGCAAGCUAAGGCCAUGUGGCUGUACGAGCUCGAGACGAUCGUGUCGGGCAUCUGUCACCUCGACAAGAUCCAGAGCUCGACGUACGAUGCCUUCCAGCCACUCGUCUCGAACUCAUCGCCGAGCCGGCGCCGCGCAAAGCGCAAGGAGAACUCGUUCCAAGACGUGCUCAAGAUGCUGUCGCCGGGCUUGCUCCUCUCGUCGUACGACGUGUUGCACACGUGCUUGCAUGCGAUGGAGCAGUAUGUGCUCACGUGGCUGCAGUACCAAGCGCUCUGGGACAUGGAGGCGAGCCGUGUCAUUGGCAAGAUUGGCACCGACAUUGGCCAGUGGCAGCAGCUGCUCGUCGAGAUCAAGGACGAGCGCUCCAAGUUUGACACGGUCGUCAACACGAAGCGGUUUGGGCCGAUGCUCGUCAACUUUCAGCAAGUCCAGGCCCAAGUUAACGUCAAGUACGACGCGUGGCACACGGAGUUCUUGUCGCACUUUGCAGAGAUGCUCUCGUCGCAAGUCGCGGCCUUUUACACGGAGAUCUCGGCCAAGCGGUCGCUUCUCGAGAUGCACACGCUCGAAGCGGCAACGUCGCAGGUCGUCGCGACGGUGACCAUGAUCCAGGAGCUCCGCAUGGCCAAGCCCGAGUGGGAGCUCUUGAUUGAAGGCUUCCUUGCGGGCGAGAAGGUGCUCAAGCGCCAGCGCUUCAAGUUCCCGCCGUCGUGGCCCGAGCUCGCCAACGUCGAGGGUGAGUGGGCGGCGUUCCUCCAGCUGCUCCAGCGCAAGACGGAUGCGAUGGAAAGCCAGCUGCCGCAGCUCCAAGCCAAGAUUAUGGACGAGCACAACGUCCUGACCAAGAAGAUUGAGGCGACUGUGACCGAGUGGGACGCGACCAAGCCGCUCCAGGGUGCUCAGCUUCCCCAAGCAGCAUUGGACUUGAUCCAGCUCUUUGACACCAAGCUGACGCUGCUGGCGCAAGAUACCAAAAAGAUGGAGGCAGCGCGGAAGGCGCUCAACCUUCUCUCGCGUGGCAAUGUCUCGUCGAGCGACGCCGACUUGCUUGAACGUACGAUGGAAGAGCUCGGUGGUCUGCGCGAAGUGUGGUCGUCGCUGGCGGCGACGUGGUCGCGCAUGGAGGAGCUCAAGGAGUCGCCGUGGUCGGCGGUGCAGCCGCGCAAGCUCCGAAAGCAGCUCGACGAGCUUCUCGAUGGUCUCAAGGCGCUGCCCGCGCGGGUGCAGCAGUACGAGGCGUUCGACUACUUUUUCCAGGCGAUGCAGUCGUACAAGAGCACCAACAGUCUUUUGACGGACCUCAAGUCGGACGCGAUUCGCGACCGGCACUGGAAGCAGAUUCUGCGCCUCCUCAACAUCAAGUCGUCCUUCUCGGAGCUGAGCUUGCGCAGCUUGUGGGACGCCAAGCUUGCGGCGCACGACAACACGCUCAAGAGCAUCAUCCGCACGGCGCAAGGCGAGAUGGCGCUGGACGAGUUUCUGCGCCAAGUCGCCGAGCACUGGACGACGUAUGCGCUGGAUCUGGUCAACUACCAGAACCGGUGCCGCAUCAUCAAGGGCUGGGACGACAUGUUCUCGAAGCUCGAUGAGCACCUCAACAGUCUCCAGAGCAUGAAGCAGAGCCCGUACUACCGUGUCUUUGCCGAGUCGGCCGAGAGCUGGGAAGAGAAGCUCACGCGCGUCCGGUCCAUCUUUGACUUUUGGAUUGACGUCCAGCGCCGGUGGGUGUACCUCGAGGGCAUUUUCUUUGGCUCGGCCGACAUCAAGCAGCAGCUGCCAAAGGAAUACGCCCGCUUCCAGUCCGUCGACAACGAGUUUGUGUCGACGAUGAAGCGCGUGACGCACAAGCCACUCAUCCUCGAGGUCUCGAGCAUCCCCAACUUGCUCCACACGCUCGAGCGCCAGCAAGACAUGAUGGGCAGCAUCCAGCGUGCGCUCGGCGAGUACCUUGAGCGCCAGCGCGCUGCGUUUCCCCGCUUCUACUUUGUCGGCGACGAAGACUUGCUCGAAAUGAUUGGCAACAGCAAGGAGCCCAAGCAGAUCCAGCGCCAUCUCAACAAGAUGUUUGCCGGUGUCGCGGCCCUCGAGAUGAACGACGCGGGUGCGAUCAUCGGCCUUGUUUCCAAGGAAGGCGAGGUUGUCCGCCUCAAAACACCCGUGUUUCCGAGCGAGGACACGCGCAUCAACGUCUGGCUCGCCAACGUCGAGAAGCAAAUGCGAUCAACGCUGGCGUCGCUGCUGGAAGAGGCGCUCGCAACGACUGGCGACUACCUCGCUUGGGUUGCGGCCUUUCCCGCCCAAAUCGUACUUCUCGCGACGCAGGUGCAGUGGACGGAGCAGAUUGAAGCUGUGCUUCGGAGCCGCAGCAACGACUUUAGCGCGGUUGUCACGGCCGUCGAAGGGCUUCUUCAGCUCCUCAGUGAGCGCGUUCUCUCGGAUCUUGCCCAAGACGUCCGGAAGAAGUACGAGCAGCUGAUUACGGAGCUUGUGCACCAGCGCGACGUGACGCGCCGCCUCAAUAAGGCGCAGCUCACGGGCUCGGACGACUUUCGGUGGCUCUACCACAUGCGCCACUACAUGUACCCAAACGAAGUCGACCCGCUCAAGAAGCUGCGCAUCUGCGUCGCGAACGCGUCGUUCUCGUACGGCUUCGAGUACCUCGGCGUGGGUGAGCGCCUCGUGCACACGCCACUUACGGAGCGCUGCUACCUGACGCUGACGCAGGCGCUCGACUUUGGUAUGGGCGGCAACCCCUUCGGCCCCGCCGGCACGGGUAAGACCGAGUCGGUCAAGAUGCUCGGCAUGCAACUCGGGCGCUUCGUGCUCGUCUUCAAUUGCGACGAGAACUUUGACUUUCAAGCCAUGGGCCGCAUCUUUGUCGGUCUCUGCCAAGUCGGCGCGUGGGGCUGCUUCGACGAAUUCAACCGCCUUGAGGAGCGCGUGCUCUCGGCCGUGUCGCAGCAAAUUCUGGCGAUCCAAGGCGGUCUCAUCCAGCGCAAGAAGACAGAGGCGACGUCGUCUGUCAUUGAGCUCCUCGGCAAGUCGGUGCUCUUGCACCCGGACGUUGGCAUCUUUGUGACGAUGAACCCUGGCUACGCGGGGCGCUCGAACCUCCCGGACAAUUUGAAGCAGCUCUUCCGCAGUAUUGCGAUGGUCGCGCCUGACCGCGAGCUCAUUGCGCAGGUGAUGCUCUUUUCGCAGGGCAUCACGACGGCCGAGUACAUGGCGGCCAAAGUCGUCCUCCUCUUCAAUCUCUGCGAGGACCAGCUCUCCAAGCAGCCGCAUUAUGACUUUGGCUUGCGUGCGCUCAAGUCGGUGCUCGUCUCCGCGGGCCAGUUGAAGCGCAACUUGACUGCGACGUCGACCGCAUCGAUCGCCGACAUUGAAGCCGAAGCGCUCAUCCGGUCCGUGUGCGACACGGUCGUGCCCAAGCUCGUGGCGAGUGACGUGGCCAUUUUUGAGACGUUGCUCCAAGGUGUCUUCCCCGGCACCGACGUGCACCGCGUCAACGAGCCCGAGCUGCGCGCGCAGAUCGUGCAGAUUGCCACGUCAAAGCACUUGGUGCCGCACGACAAGUGGGUCGAGAAGGCGCUGCAGCUCUACCAGGUGAUGCAGCUCCGCCACGGUGUCAUGCUCGUCGGUCCCAGCGGCAUGGGCAAAACGACCGCGUGGAAGGUGCUACUCGAAGCGAUGGAGCGCGUCGACGGCAAGAAGGGCGAGGCGUACGUUAUCGACCCAAAGGCGAUUUCGAAAGAGCAGCUCUACGGCACGCUCGACAACACGACGCUCGAAUGGUCGGACGGUGUCUUUACGCACCUGCUGCGCCAAGUCCUCAACAACGUGCGUGGCGAGAGCGAGAAGCGCCACUGGAUCCUCUUUGAUGGCGACGUGGACCCUGAGUGGGCCGAGAACCUCAACUCGGUCUUGGACGACAACCGACUCUUGACGCUGCCAUCGGGCGAGCGCCUUGAGAUCCCGCCGAACGUCUGGAUCAUGAUGGAGACGGAGACGCUCAAGUACGCGACGCUCGCGACCGUGAGUCGCUGCGGCAUGGUGUGGUUUGCAACCGAUACGCUCGAGACGUCGCACGUUGUGGACCACUUUUUGCAGUCGAUUGCCAACGACAGCAGCCUGCGGACCACGUUUGCCAUGCAGGACGACGAGUGGGCUCACUUUACGGCCGCGCGAGCCAUCUUUUCCGAGACGUCGCGCGCGCUGUUUACGACGUCGCCGCUCGUGGUUCAUUGCCUUGAGUUUGCUAUGUCGCAGCCGCACAUUAUGGACGUCGACCGGCUCCGCUUGCUCAUGAGCAUGUUUUCGCUCUUGUCCAAGGGGCUCGUGCACAUUGCCGAGUACAACGAGUCGCACAGCGACUUUCCGAUGAACGAGGCGCAUGUGCAAGCGUUCACGCCCAAGUGGCUCGUCUUCAGCAUCAUCUGGGGCUUUGGUGGCUCCAUGGACAUUGCGCACCGCGUGAAAUUGGCCGAGUUCCUGAGCAGCAUCAACACCAACGUGCCGCUUCCGACGCUCAGCACCGAGAACGCAAGCCUCCUCGACUUUGAGGUGCAGGUCAAGGACGGCGAGUGGGUCCCGUGGGUCUACUCGGUGCCGCAGCUGGAGCUCGAGAGCCACCGCGUGUUGUCGACCGAUGUGGUCGUCACCACUGUCGACACGGUGCGUCACGUCGAGGUCCUCCGCGGUUGGCUCGCGCAGCACAAGCCGCUCAUCCUCUGCGGUCCGCCGGGCUCGGGUAAGACGAUGACGCUGACGUCGACGCUCAACUCGCUGCCCGAGUUUGAGCUCGCGAGUCUCAACUUUUCGUCGGGGACAACGCCCGAGCUCAUUCUCAAGACGUUUGCGCAGUAUUGUGUGUACAAGAAGACGCUCCAAGGCACGAUCAUGAUGCCGCACGCACCCGGCAAGUGGCUCGUCGUGUUUUGCGACGAAAUCAACUUGCCGCAAGCCGACAAGUACGGCACGCAGCGCGUCGUGACGUUUCUUCGUCAGCUCGUCGAGCAAGGCGGGUUCUGGAAGGAGAAGACGUGGGUGCACCUUGAGCGCAUCCAGUUUGUGGGCGCUUGCAACCCGCCGACGGACCCCGGUCGUGUCCCGCUCUCGUCGCGGUUUCUGCGGCACGCGCCCGUGCUCUUUGUGGACUUUCCCGCGUACAACUCGCUCAAGCAGAUUUACGGCACGUUCAACCGCGCGCUCCUCAAGCUCACGCCGAGCCUAAAAGCGUACCAAGUGCCCGUGACGGACGCGAUGGUCGAAGUGUACAACAAGAACCAGACGCGCUUCACCGCCGAGAUGCAGCCGCACUACAUUUACUCGCCGCGUGAGCUCUCGCGCUGGAUGCGCGCCAUGUACGAGGCGAUCGAGCCCCUCGAGUACGAGAUCGACGUGGAGACGCUGGUCAAACUCCUCUUCCACGAGAGUCUCCGUCUCUUUAUGGAUCGCCUUGUGACGCCGGACGAGCGCGACUGGUGCUACGCAACGUCCAAGUCGGUGCUCCAGACGCACUUUCCCGGCCCGUCGCACGCGCUCGAGACGGGCGUCGGCGUCCACCACGAGCCGAUUCGAUUCAGCACGUGGCUCAGCAAGCACUACGUCCAAGCGACGACGUCGGAGCUGCGCAAGCACAUUGAGGCGCGACUCCGUGUGUUUUACGAAGAGGAGCUCAACGUGCCGCUCGUGGUCUUCGACUCGGUCAUUGACCACGUCUUGCGCAUUGACCGUGUGCUGCGGCAGCCGCUCGGCCACUUGCUUCUCGUCGGCGAGAGUGGCGCCGGCAAGACGGUCCUCUCGCGCUUUGUGAGCUGGAUGAACGGCAUGUCGGUGUUCCAGAUCAAACUCACAACCAACUACACGCUGGCCAACUUUGACGACGACCUCCGCGUCGUGCUCAAGCGCUGUGGCUGCGACGGCGAGCGCAUUUGCUUCAUCUUUGACGAAAGCAACGUGCUCGACGCGGCGUUCCUCGAGCGCAUGAACGCGCUGCUCGCGUCCGGUGAAGUGCCCGGUCUCUUUGAGGAUGACGAGCACACGUCGCUCAUGCACGCAUGUCGCGAGGCAAUCCGACGCGACAACGUCACGAUCGAGAACACGGACGACGAGCUCUUCAAGUACUUUACCAAGCAAGUGCAGCGCAACAUGCACGUGGUAUUUACGAUGAACCCGGCGGCCGGCGACUUUCAGAACCGCAGCAAGACGUCGCCCGCGCUCUUCAACCGCUGCGUCGUCGACUGGUUUGGCACGUGGUCGGACCACGCGCUCGCGCAGGUUGCGUCCGAGUUUACGCUCCCGCUCGACUUUGAAGAGACCGACUAUGUCAUGCCCGGUGAAGCACGCGCGUUCUUGGACGCGCUGACGCCCAACUUGGCCUACACGUUCCACGACGCGGUCGUCGGCAGCAUCGUCCAGUUCCACCACGCGGUGCUGGAGCUCAUGCACCGCCUCGCCAAGCGCCACGCCAAGGCCAACCACAUUUCGCCGCGCGACUACCUCGAGUUUAUCCGGCACUUUGUGACGCUGUACGGCAAGAAGCGCGGUCAGCUCGAAGAGCAGCAGCUGCAUCUCAACGUCGGUGUCGAGAAGAUUGUGGCCACACACAACCAAGUCGCAGAGCUUCAGGCGCAGCUCGGCGCCAAGGAGAAGGAGCUCCAGCGCAAGGACGUGGAAGCCAACGAGAAGCUGCAGCUCAUGGUUGUCGAGCAGAAUGAGGCGCAGAAGAAGAAGAAGGAGACGGAGAGCCUCGCGGCCGACCUCACCAAGCAAGACGAUGAGAUCCGAUCGCGCAAGGUCGUCGUCGAGCACGACCUCGCGCAGGCCGAACCGGCGUUGAUCGAAGCGCAGUCGUCGGUCAACUCGAUCCGCAAGACGCAGCUCGAUGAGAUUCGUGCGCUCGCGCGGCCGCCCAACGCCGUGCGUCUGACGCUGGAAGCCGUCGCGAUCAUGCUUGGCGAGUCGGCGCUCGACUGGGCCGAUUUGCGCAAGUUUAUCCGCAAGGACGACUUUAUCGCGUCUGUUGUCAACUUCGACUCGGAGAAGCUCACGGCCAAGCAGCGCGCGGUCAUCAACGGCAACUACCUCUCCAAGACGGACGAGUUUGACUACGAAAAGGUCAACCGUGCCUCCAAGGCGUGCGGUCCGCUCUUCAAGUGGGUCGUGUCGCAGAUCAACUACACGGAGAUUCUGCAUCGCAUCCAGCCGCUGCGGAACGAAGUCCAGACGCUCGAAGACCAGAGUGCGGGUCUGCGUCAAGAGUACACGGAGGCCACCGCCAUGAUUGCGCAGCUCGAGACGCGCAUCCAGAGCUACAAGCAAGAGUACGCAGCGCUCAUUUCCGAGGCGCAGCUCAUCUCGAGCGACAUGGCGACGGUCAAGAAGAAGGUCGAGCGCUCCGUGGCGCUGCUCGAGAACCUUUUGAGCGAGCGCGAGCGCUGGGAGGCCGGCUCCAAGGAGUUUGAGACGCAGAUGAAGACACUCGUCGGCGACACACUUCUCAGCGCGGGCUUUCUCACGUACCUUGGGUUCCUCGACCACCAACAGCGCAAGCUGCUCGUCGAGGACUGGCGCGACAUUCUCGUCUCGAUGCGCGUGCCGACGACGGACGGGCUCAGCUUUGUCGAGUACCUCUCGGCGCCGGCCGACCGCCUCUUGUGGGCCGCGUCGGAUCUGCCGUCGGACACGCUCUGCGUCGAGAAUGCGAUUGUGCUCGCGCGCUUCCAUCGCUUCCCGCUCAUCAUUGACCCGUCGGGGCAAGCCGCGAGCUUUAUGAUCAACCUCUUCAACAGCAACCCCGCGACCAAGAUCUCGCAAACGUCGUUUUUGGACGCGUCGUUCAUGAAGGUGCUCGCGAGUGCGAUCCGGUUUGGUACGGCGCUCCUCGUGCACGACGUCGAGAACAUUGACCCGAUUUUGAACCCCGUGCUCAACCGCGAGCUGUACAAGACGGGUGGCCGCGUCUUGAUUCGCCUCGCGGGCGAAGAGAUCGACUACUCGCCCGACUUUCGACUGUUUCUGAUCACGCGGGACCCGAGCUGCCGCUUCUCGCCCGACAUUUGCUCGCGCGUGACGUUUGUCAACUUUACCGUCACGCCGAGCUCGCUCGAGUCGCAGGCGCUUGCGCUGCUGCUCAAAAGCGAGGAGCCCGAGAUUGACGCGAAGCGCUCGUCGCUCCUCAAGCUCCAGGGCGAGUACAACGCGAAGCUCCGGCAGCUCGAGGACGCGCUUUUGCAGCAGAUCAAUAGCGUCCAGGGCAACAUUCUCGACGACGACCGCGUCAUCAACACGCUUGAGAGCAUGAAGGCCGAGGCCGCCGACAUCACGGCGCACGUGGCCGACACGCACGUGACGAUGGCCAACAUUGAGCUCGCGACCAACAAGUUCAAGCCCCUCGCGCACGCGUGCACGCAGCUCUUUUUCACGCUCGAGAACCUCGGGUCGGUGCACUUUUUGUACCAGUACUCGCUCGCGUUCUUUCUCAAGAUGCUCACGAGCGUGCUCACGUCGACAUCGUCCGACCCGGACGGGCGACUGGCCUUCGUGAGCAAUGCGCUCUUUGCGCAGAUGGUGCGCCGCGUCGCCAAGGGCCUCCUCGAGGACGACAAGCUCAUGUUUGCGUUGCGCGUCGCCCAAGUGUACUUGGAGCUGCAGCACCACCAAGCAGGCGCCGACGUGCCGAGCCAAGCCGAGUGGGACGUCUUCUUCCAGCGGUUUGGCGGGGCCAAAGCCGUACCCGCGCUCGCGGCGGUCGCGCACGACGUGCGGGAUCGCGUCGGAAAGUUGCUUGGCGCUGCAUCGUUUGCGGCGAACGCAGCGCAUCUCGAGGCCAACCAAGACGAAUGGGCUUCGUUCCUUAGCCACGCGGCGCCCGAGACGGUCGUCCCGACGGGUUGGGAUGCGGGCGUGACGUCGCCGUACCGGGCGGCGUUCCGGACGAUGGCGCUCGUGGCCGUCGCACGCCCCGACCGGUUCCCGUUUGCUGUGGAAGCGUUCUUGGUGGCCGUCUUUGGUGCGGACUUUCCGUGGCGCGGCCAGGUCGAGUUUGCGGACCAAGUCGCGCACGAGACGGAGGCGACGCGGGGCAUCCUCCUCUGCUCCAAGACGGGCUUUGACGCGAGCGGACGCGUCGACGAACUCGCGGCGACGCUCCAGAAGCGGUUUGCGUCGGUCGCGAUGGGCUCGGCUGAGGGCUACGAUGCGGCCGAGAAGGCGCUCAACACGGCCAUCAAGCAAGGCACGUGGCUCUUGCUGCGCAACGUGCACUUGUGCCCGUCGUGGCUGCUCACGGUCGAGAAAAAGCUCUACUCGGUGCGCGACUCGUGCCACAAGGAGUUUCGCCUCUUCCUCACGUCCGAGAUUCAUCCGCAGCUGCCGCUCAACCUGCUUCGGCUCUGCGACAUUUUUGUGUUUGAACCGCCGAACGGCGUCAAGGCGAGCAUGCUCCGCACGUUCUUGGACGUGCCGGCCGACCGCGUGAACCGCGCGCCGACCGAGCGCGGGCGGCUCUUCCUUCUCCUCUCGUGGUUCCACGCUGUGCUCCAAGAGCGACUGCGCUACGUCCCGAUCGGGUGGUCGAAAGCAUAUGAGUUUAGCCAAAGCGACUUCAAGGGCGCGUGCGAUGUCAUGGACACGUGGGUCGACAGCAUUGGGCGUGGCCGCGCGCACAUCUCGCCCGACGCGAUUCCGUGGACCGCCAUCAAGGUCAUUCUCAAGGAGUCGCUGUACGGCGGUCGCGUCGACAACAAGUUUGACCAAGCCUUGCUGGAUACGCUCCUCGACACGAUCUUCUGCGCCGAGAGCUACGAAAGCACGUUUGCGCUCGUCGACGGCGUCAUCGUCUCGUCCGGGAAGACAAAGGAGCAGUUUGCCGACUGGAUCCACGCGCUCCCGAACGCCAACUCGCCCCAGUGGUUGGGCCUUCCGAGCUCAGCGGAGAGCAUGCUCUUGACCAACCAAGGCGCACGCACGCUGCGACACCUCGCGCUCAUGCAAGACAGCCUCGGCAUGGACGAUGGCCUCGAGACGGACGAUGUCGCCAUGACGUUUGGCAACGCCGGCGAUGCACGCCCGGCGUGGAUCCAGGCGCUCGCGCACAGCGUCGCUACGUGGCGUGCGCUUUUGCCGGCGUCGGCCAUCACGUCGACACAGGCCGCGUUUAGCAACCCGGUGUUCCGGUGCCUCCACCGCGAGAUCGAAGUCGCCAACGCCCUCCUCGACAGCGUCACGUCGCUGCUCUCGGACAUUGCUGCAGUCUGCACCAACACGCUCAAGCCGUCCAAUGCGACCCGCGAUGCGAUGCAGGCGCUGCACAAGGGCGUGCUGCCGACCGACUGGCUCGGCGCCUACGUUGUACCGCAGGACAUUUCGCUUCUCGAGUGGCUUGACGAUUUUGCGCGCCGUCUGAAUCAGCUCCAAACGUUGUCCCAGCUGCCGAUCGAAGACGUGCUGCACGGCGGCGUCUGGCUUGGCGGCUUCUUCUCGCCCGAGGCCUUUUUGACAGCGACGCGCCAAGUGAUUGCCGCCGAGCUCCAUUGCUCGCUCGACGAACUCGACGUGGUCGUGACGCUGACGAACGAGCAUACCGGCGGCUUUCCCGUACGCGGUCUGCACCUCGAAGGCAUGGACUGGACGCCCGAGACUGGGUUUCAAGUGACGGACGCGCUGCACUCGACGCUGCCAUCGUGCUACUUGAGCUGGCGCCCGGUCAAGGAGAUGGACCCGACGCAGCUCCGGAAGCUCCCCGUGUACCUCAACACGCACCGGCUCGUGAUCCUCUUUGAAGUCGCGAUCCAAGUCGACCAGAAGCAGUUUGGCCACCUCUGGACCGAGCGCGCGGUUGCCUUUACGGCGUGGCACCUCGAGCAGGCGUAAACCGUAAUACACUGGACUGCAUGUUAACUUGUGUGCGUUGAGAUCUGCUAUGCUCCAAGCGGAAGGUAGACAACGCCAAAUGACAUU